AUGGCGAACGCGAAUGCGAGUGAAGCGUUGUUUGUAGUAAAGGCACCAGCUAUUAAACCCACGAAAAUGUCCUGGAAAACUUAUGUCUCGAGAGGUCGUGUUAAACCGCUCCCCGGAAUAUGCACAAAAGCUUUCGGAACUGCGCCAUCAUCCUACGUCCGUCCCCCCAAAAAUCUCCGACAUCUUCGUAUUUUAUCGGGCUCGCCGAACGCCAGAAAACCACCAGGCCAGCGGAACACGGAAAACAAGCCUUUAUUUUACUUUUCAGAAGCGACAUGGAUAUUGAAGAAGUGUGUCAGUCGCUCAGAUGCAACCUUCCCGGGUGGGGGUGGAAAUGAUGACUGGCUUACUUCAACAACCGAAAUGGCGCAUGGAUGGCAAUGGGAUUCUGCCUCGCUAUUAUUUCACGAGGGUUGCGGUUGUGGAUGUAAUUUGAGUUUGGCAGCUAUAUUUAAGCCUCAAAGAAAGGAGCUUGGUAUCACUUGGCUACCAUCACACAUCAUGCUUCAAUAUUCGCCAGAAACCUCGCUAGCGUAUAUUCCACAUCCAACAACUCCCAAGCCCUUGAAAUUCAUGCAAGACUCGGCCCGAAAGUUGGGCACGCAUUCUCUUGAGAUGUCGGAAGACGAGGUUAAGCCGGUUUGA